AUGGAGCCAGUCCCGAGCGGCCAGCCCACACCGGCAAACAUGGCGGCGGCGGGAGCAGGAGGCGUGCCGCCCAAGCCAGCACCGACCGAGAGCUCGGGCUUGGACGACCUCGAGCAAACCCGCCCCGACAUCAAGACGACCCUCAUCCUCAAGAAGAACCAGAGUUCCAUGGAGGGCCGGCAGAACCAGUCGUUGGUUCAUAACCUGGUUCACGACGAGUUCCGAAGGCGCAUCACGGAGGUGUACGACAUGAACGAAGGGUCUUUGCUUGGGAAGGGCGGCUUCGGGACCGUGCAGACCGUGGUGCACAAGGAGACUCGUAAGAAGUUCGCCCUAAAGGCGGUGGAGCUUUCUCGAGUGAAGGACGAAAAGAGCCUGAACUUCUUCUUCAGGGAGGUGGAGGUUAUGCGGCAACUGGACCAUCCCAACAUCUGUCGGCUGCACGCCGUGUACCCGACGGUUGAACACCUGUUCAUGGUGAUGGAUCUGUGUGAGGGUGGUGAUCUCCUGACGACUUACCACUUCAAGAGCGAGCGGAAUGCGGCCAACAUUGUUCUCAGAGUUACCAACGCCGUGCGGUAUAUGCACGACAGGAACAUCGCGCAUCGCGACCUGAAGCUGGACAACAUCUUGACGGACGAGACCAAGGAAGGGGCGGACGUUAAGCUCGUCGACUUCGGGCUGUCGGCACACUUCAAGGACUUCCAGCUAGAGCACGACGUCGUCGGCACCUGGGUGUACAUGGCCCCCGAGGUUAUCAGCGGCUCCCACUUCCCCCGGACGUGCGACAUGUGGAGCAUCGGUGUCAUCGCCUACCUGCUGCUGUGCGGAUACCCGCCCUUCGGAGGGUCCAGCACUGCCGAGCUUAAGGAGCAGAUUCAGCACGGCACCUACCAGUUUCACCACGAGGCUUGGUCCGACAUCAGCGGCAAGGCCAAGAACUUCAUCAAACGCCUGCUGGUUAGAAACCCACAAGAGCGCAUGAGCGCGGCAGAGGCACAGCAUCAUCCUUGGCUCAAUAACCACGACCCCAGCGGGAAGGAUAGCAAGCUGUCGAAGGCCGCCGUUCAGAACCUUGUCAACUUUCGACAGACUAACGCCCUCAAGAAACUAGCGCUGGAGCUGGUCGCGAGGUCUUUGGACAUCGAACAAAUUAGAAACCUGGAAAAGGAUUUCGCAAAGAUGGACAAAGACGGUAGUGGUACCAUCAGCUUGGAAGAGUUCGACAACGUCCUCUCGAGCCAAGCCAAUCUAUCCAAAGCGGACAUCCGUGCGAUCUUCGCGAGCGUGGAUGUUGACAACGGUAACGAGCUCAACUUCAACGAGUUCCUGGCGGCGACUUUGGAGAGACGGCAGCUGGACGAGAUGAGACUUAAGCUGGCCUUUGAUAGGUUGGACUUCGACCACAGCGGCACGAUUGAUGCGACCGAUCUUCGAAAUAUCGUGGGGAGCGAUCUGGGGCAGGAGGGCAUCGAUGAGAUCUUCAAGGAGUUCGACCUCAACAAAGACGGCGAGAUAGAUUUCGGUGAGUUUAAGCUGGCGAUGCGCAAGGCCGAUGCGCCGGGGCUGCGACUAGCAACCUACCGAUCGGCGUCCAUGCCACAUCUCAACGUCAACUCCUCGAGCAUCCGGCACUUGGAGCGAACAGUGCAAGACGCUCGCAAGCAGAAGCAGGCAGCCCUCCAGCAGUUCGGCACGAACGGGCCCACCCCCGAAGAGUCGAUCGACGAUAUGGACACGUCCCUAGACGAAGAGGACGACGACUCCAGCGCCGGCGGGGCGGGCGGCGGCUACAACCGCAGAGAGGCGGUUAUGCAGGCCUCCCUCCUCCGGUGCGCGUCGGACCUGAUCGAGAAGGGCCCGUUCCGACGAGCGACCCUCGAGGUCUCCGACCCCGCCGCCCAGAAGGCAUUGCGGGACGCGGCCGUUUACGGCGGAGCCCCCCCCCCCCCUUCUCGGGGUCCCUCAGGACCGGACCCCCUGGCACGGAGGUUGAGCGAGGAGACAGCGGGGUCGGCGGGGGCCACGCAGAUGGCCGUGGACGGGUGGAAGUCGAUGCCGCCCCAGGUGGAGGAGGAGCCACAUCCGUGGGGCCGCGGGGAGCACAUGGUUACCGCGGCGACGGCGGUGCAGAAGCUGGUGCAGUAGUAUGCUAGCGGUAGUGGUGGCGGUGGUGAGGACUGCCGUAGGUUGCAUGACGUAAGAUAUUACACCCCCUGGACCUAUUUUCAGAGGUCGAUUACUCGGCGGGACGAAACAGUGACGGUGCCGAAAAUGGCGGCGUUAGAACCACCUCGUCGAGAGUGUUUCCAAAACGCGCCAUUUGAUUUUGGCAUCCUCUGCUGUCGAGGAGUAUUCAGGCUUUGAAAACGGGUCCAGGGGGUAUGAUAUCUUACAUCAUGGAACCUACGGUACGAGCGCGGACUGCUGGGUUUCACGCGGCGGCUACAGAGCAGCAUCGAGGUUGGCAGCAGCAUGGCAGCAAUGAUGGCGCUUUGGCGGCGAUGUCCCUGGGCAGACGAGCGGCGCGUGAUGACAUCGACCGGCCCCUCAGCGAGGUCGGCAGAAGAAUGACACCGACAACAGCUUUGGUGGCGAUGUCGCCCGGCACAUGAACGGUGCGCGAUAAUAUUCCCGCGGCGAAAAGUUAGAGAACCGCACUGGGUGAGGGUUCCCUUGUACAGAGAAGGCUUCACUAAAUAUGGCGUUUUCGAUCGGAAUAGCGCCUGGCUUGUUACUUGUUACAAGCUUCGGCUUGGCCGUCAUAUCGUCUACACGUCGAAGCGUUUGGACGGAGCGGAGGCGAUGCUUUGGUCUUCGUAGAACCUGUUUUUUAACAACUAACAACUAAUAACCUGUUUCUUUAUGCCAAUAUGUGGUGUUGCGUGCUCGACGGUGCUCGCCAGUCUAUGCACUCACGUGGCUCUAUCGAUGAGCUUCAGAGUGCCAAUAUUUCCUUUUGUACAGCCCUGAGUGCGGCCAUAAGACAGCAUGACGGCGUGGGCGUUUGACGGAUAGGAUCCCUUUCCUGCUGCCGGAGGGAACGGUCGACUCGAGGUUCUCCCUACAGCAGUAGACUAGUCUAUCUAGUGGGUUCUUCGUUUUGUCUGCUUUUGGCAUGGUGUUCGUCGGUGGCUAUGUUUGUUUUUUCCAGCUUAGUUGCAUGAG